GACUGCUCUAGAGGGAGGUAGAUUCAUUUGACUGCUAUAGUCUGCUAUAUUCAGUUUUUUUUACCACAGAAUAUUGAGUGUGUUGUAUCAGAUAGAGACAUGGCAUGUACAGACUGUAUGAAGGCGUCAGAUUUCUCUAUUGAUAAAAAAGGAAUCAAGAAGAGAAACUGGAGGACAAGGAUACGAUAUCUCUUGAAGAUCACCUCUUCUUCAAAAUCCAUGGCAAGAAGAAGAUCUUACAGGCCAACAGUGGAUGAAGUCAACCAAUGGGCACAGUCACUUGACAAACUCCUGAGUCACAAAUAUGGAAAGGCAGCAUUUCGGAUCUUCCUGAAGUCAGAGUUCUGUGAGGAGAAUAUAGAGUUCUGGACAGCCUGUGAGGAGUUCAGGACCAUCUCGUCUCUAGAGAAACUGUCGUCGAGGGCCAGAAGCAUCUAUGAAGAGUUCAUCCAGUGUGACGCUCCUAAAGAGAUCAACCUGGACUACCAAACAAAAGAUGCUAUCGUCCAGAGCCUGUGUCUGCCCAGCCUGACGUGUUUCCUGUUGGCCCAGAAGAAGGUGUUCAGCCUGAUGGAGAACAACUCGUACCCUCGCUUCAUCCACUCUGAGCUCUACAAGGAACUCUGUGCCAUUGCCAGGGGAGAGGGGCAAUAUCUCAAGUCCUAAGAUGAACCACUUUCAAGGAUUGUCUAUGCAGUCACACAUGACAUGUUGCACUGACACCAUGUAAGUUACAUGGGAUGUAAAACCAUUUCACAUUUGAGCCAUGUGGUCAAUGGCAAUGCUGUAGUGCACUAUUUAUAAACACUACUGUAAUGUAGGAAGUACAGUGAAUAACUGAAUAGCUUUUUGUUUACAUUUAAAAAAUGUAAAUUCAACUUUGCGCAUCCUGCUUUUGUAGAUUGAGACAAAACAAUGCAGAUCAGACGUAGUCAUGUUGAUAAUGGCUUAAAAUGGAACUGCCCAUCCUGUGGUGUUUGAAUAUGCAAUUGAGUUAGUUUCACCAAACACCAGUACCGGUAAAUAACUGUCUAAUAACUAUUUGCAACUAUAUGAUGUGAGUAAGAACUUUCUGGGACCAGUGGUAUAGGUUUAAAUUGGUAACUGUUUUGUUGGAGAGCUGAAUGGAGGUGAAUGUUUUGCGUCGCAUAAAGGUGUUUACACUAAAUAUUGUAGUGGAUGUUGCUUCAAACCACGGAUGGGUUCGAGGCCCACAUCAGGAUUUCGAAAUUCAACGGAGGGCCGCACAGAUAUAUAUAUAUUUUUUUACAGAAAAAGGGCAGUUAUUUGAAAAUAUAUAGGUCCAUUAUAGUUUCUACAUAUUUUCUAUGUAGUUUGUUUUUUUAACCCCCUGCAGUUCAUUGUGGGUGAACUUACUGUAAAUAAAACAAUAGACAGAGGCAAAGGUAUGGUGGCAGCUGGACUGCAAUACUGUGUUUCUUUUUUUAUUUUGUUGAAUACAUACAUGUCCAAUGUCAAGUCUAAUAAAAUAUUGAAUUCAGAA